UCUUCUUUAUCAGUUAUCUACUUUACUUACCCACCAUUUCUCCGCCAAACACUUCCCAAAGCCACAGAGAGCAGUGGGAGCGAGCCAGCUUCUCUACUUUCCCCUAAAUGGCCUGCUCAGCUACCUUCACCACUCUCUUCGCUUCAAACCCUAGGGCUUUUUCUACCACACCCGCCGCUUCGAUUUCCAAUUCCUUCUCUCAAACCCUAACCAUCCCCAAGUCCUUCAACGGCCUCCAUAAACCCCUCCAAUCCCAUGUCCCUCGGUCCAUUUCCCUCACUCGCGGCUCCCAUUCUCGACGGGCCUUCUCAGUCAGGGCUUCUACUGACCUUCCAUUGGUUGGAAAUAAAGCACCGGAUUUUGAGGCCGAGGCUGUUUUCGAUCAGGAGUUCAUCAAGGUUAAACUCUCCGAAUAUAUUGGGAAGAAAUAUGUGAUUCUCUUUUUCUACCCGUUGGAUUUCACAUUUGUUUGUCCCACUGAGAUCACCGCUUUCAGCGAUCGCCACGCAGAGUUUGAGCAGCUAAACACAGAAAUAUUGGGCGUUUCAACUGACAGUGUGUUCUCACACCUUGCAUGGGUCCAAACAGAUAGAAAGUCAGGUGGGCUUGGUGAUCUUAAGUAUCCCCUGAUUUCUGAUGUGACCAAAUCAAUCUCAAAAUCGUUUGGUGUGCUAAUCCCAGACCAGGGGAUCGCAUUGAGGGGACUUUUCAUCAUUGACAAGGAAGGAGUUAUACAACACUCCACCAUUAACAAUCUCGCCAUAGGGCGGAGUGUUGAUGAAACGAAAAGAACACUCCAGGCUUUGCAGUAUGUGCAGGAGAACCCAGACGAAGUUUGCCCUGCUGGAUGGAAGCCCGGAGAGAAGUCCAUGAAGCCAGACCCUAAGCUCAGCAAAGAGUACUUCGCAGCAAUAUAGAGUUGGGCUACCUUUUUAUGACCCAAAUUGCAUGUUUAUUUAAAUUCGGGAGGUGUAAAGGGGUUUUGUAUUCGUGUAACGUCGUGUUAGUUCUCGUGAAUUUUGAGCAGCAGAGUGUGGGAAUAAAUGCAGGACUUAAACCUGUUUCUGGAAAAUAUUGAUGUCGCUAAGUACAGUUGAUGCAUUGCAGCCACUAUUAUCAUGUGUUUGAAUCAUGAUCCAAUCGGAUCGUUUCA